CUCCCCCCUACUUCCUCAUCACUAGACACGUUCGAGAAACCAAGGCUCAGCCAUGGCGGAUGCGGAGAUGGCUGCGUUUGGGGCUGCAGCUCCCUUCCUACGCAAGUCUGAGAAGGAGCGGCUGGAGGCGCAGACGAGGCCUUUUGACCUCAAGAAAGAUGUCUUUGUGCCUGACGACAAAGAAGAGUUUGUCAAGGCCAAGAUUGUGUCCCGAGAGGGUGGUAAAGUCACUGCUGAGACAGAGAAUGGCAAGGUAGGUGUAGGCACUGGUCACAACAGCGGAGAAUCCGGAGCUGGAAAGACUGUCAACACCAAGAGGGUCAUUCAGUAUUUUGCUGUUAUUGCUGCCAUUGGGGACCGUAGCAAGAAGGAUCAGACCCCAGGCAAGGGUACCCUGGAAGAUCAAAUCAUCCAAGCCAACCCCGCUCUGGAAGCCUUUGGCAAUGCCAAGACAGUCCGGAACGAUAAUUCCUCUCGAUUUGGGAAAUUCAUUCGGAUCCAUUUUGGGGCAACUGGAAAGUUGGCAUCUGCGGACAUAGAGACCUACCUUCUGGAAAAAUCCAGGGUUAUUUUCCAGUUGAAAGCAGAAAGAGAUUAUCACAUUUUCUACCAAAUCCUGUCAAAUAAAAAGCCCGAGCUUCUAGACAUGCUGCUGAUCACCAACAACCCCUACGAUUACGCAUUCAUCUCCCAAGGAGAGACCACUGUGGCCUCAAUUGAUGACUCUGAAGAGCUCAUGGCCACUGAUAGCGCCUUUGACGUGCUGGGCUUCACUCCAGAAGAGAAGAACUCCAUCUACAAGCUGACGGGCGCCAUCAUGCACUUUGGAAACAUGAAGUUCAAGCAGAAGCAGCGGGAGGAGCAGGCGGAGCCGGACGGCACCGAAGAGGCCGACAAGUCCGCCUACCUCAUGGGGCUGAACUCAGCCGACCUGCUCAAGGGGCUGUGCCACCCUCGGGUCAAAGUGGGCAACGAGUAUGUCACCAAGGGGCAGAAUGUCCAGCAGGUGUCAUACGCCAUCGGUGCACUGGCCAAGUCAGUGUACGAGAAGAUGUUCAACUGGAUGGUGACCCGCAUCAACGCAACCCUGGAGACCAAGCAGCCACGCCAGUACUUCAUAGGUGUCCUGGACAUCGCCGGCUUUGAGAUCUUCGAUUUCAACAGCUUCGAGCAGCUGUGCAUCAACUUCACCAACGAGAAGCUGCAGCAGUUCUUCAAUCACCACAUGUUUGUGCUGGAGCAGGAGGAGUACAAGAAGGAGGGCAUCGAGUGGACGUUCAUCGACUUCGGCAUGGACCUGCAGGCCUGCAUCGACCUCAUUGAGAAGCCCAUGGGCAUCAUGUCCAUCCUGGAGGAGGAGUGCAUGUUCCCCAAGGCCACAGACAUGACCUUCAAGGCCAAGCUGUAUGACAACCACCUGGGCAAGUCCAACAACUUCCAGAAGCCUCGCAAUGUCAAGGGGAAGCAGGAAGCCCACUUCUCGUUGGUGCACUACGCGGGCACCGUGGACUACAACAUCCUGGGCUGGCUACAGAAGAACAAGGACCCCCUCAAUGAGACCGUGGUGGGCUUGUACCAAAAGUCCUCCCUGAAGCUGCUCAGCAAUCUGUUUGCCAACUAUGCUGGGGCAGAUGCACCUGCAGACAAGGGCAAAGGCAAGGCGAAGAAAGGCUCAUCCUUCCAGACCGUGUCCGCUCUGCACAGGGAAAACCUGAACAAACUAAUGACAAACUUGCGCUCCACACACCCUCACUUUGUGCGCUGCAUCAUCCCCAACGAGACAAAGUCUCCAGGGGUGAUGGACAAUCCCCUGGUCAUGCACCAGCUGAGAUGCAACGGGGUGCUGGAGGGCAUCCGCAUUUGCAGGAAGGGCUUCCCCAACCGAAUUCUUUACGGGGACUUCCGCCAGAGGUACCGCAUCCUGAACCCAGCAGCCAUCCCUGAGGGCCAAUUCAUUGACAGCAGGAAAGGGGCCGAGAAGCUGCUGGGCUCCCUGGACAUUGACCACAACCAGUACAAGUUCGGCCACACCAAGGUGUUCUUCAAGGCGGGGCUGCUGGGGCUGCUGGAGGAGAUGCGGGAUGAGAGGCUGAGCCGCAUCAUCACCAGAAUCCAGGCCCAGUCCCGAGGUGUGCUUUCCAGAAUGGAGUUCAAGAAGCUGCUGGAACGCAGAGACUCCCUGCUGAUAAUCCAGUGGAACAUCCGGGCCUUCAUGGGGGUCAAGAAUUGGCCAUGGAUGAAGCUCUACUUCAAGAUCAAGCCACUGCUAAAGAGCGCGGAGACGGAGAAGGAGAUGGCCAACAUGAAGGAAGAGUUUGGGCGAGUCAAAGAUGCGCUGGAGAAGUCUGAGGCUCGGCGGAAGGAGCUGGAGGAGAAGAUGGUGUCCCUGCUGCAGGAGAAGAACGACCUGCAGCUCCAAGUGCAGGCGGAACAAGAUAACCUGGCUGAUGCAGAGGAGCGCUGCGACCAGCUGAUCAAGAACAAGAUCCAGCUGGAGGCCAAGGUGAAGGAGAUGACCGAGAGGCUGGAGGAUGAGCAGGAGAAGAAGGUGCGCAUGGACCUGGAGCGAGCAAAGCGGAAGCUGGAGGGUGACCUGAAGCUGACCCAGGAGAGCAUCAUGGACCUGGAGAAUGAUAAGCAGCAGCUGGACGAGAAACUUAAAAAGAAGGACUUCGAGUUAAAUGCACUCAAUGCCAGGAUUGAGGAUGAGCAGGCCCUGGGGAGCCAGCUGCAGAAGAAGCUCAAAGAGCUUCAGGCCCGCAUCGAGGAGCUGGAGGAGGAACUGGAGGCCGAGCGCACAGCCAGGGCCAAGGUGGAGAAGCUGCGCUCAGACCUGUCCCGAGAGCUGGAGGAGAUCAGCGAGAGGCUGGAGGAGGCCGGAGGGGCCACGUCCGUGCAGAUCGAGAUGAACAAGAAGCGCGAGGCCGAGUUCCAGAAGAUGCGGCGGGACCUGGAGGAGGCCACCCUGCAGCACGAGGCCACAGCCGCGGCCCUGCGCAAGAAGCACGCGGACAGUGUGGCCGAGCUGGGGGAGCAGAUCGACAACCUGCAGCGAGUGAAGCAGAAGCUGGAGAAGGAGAAGAGCGAGUUCAAGCUGGAGCUGGAUGACGUCACCUCCAAUAUGGAGCAGAUCAUCAAGGCCAAGGCUAACCUGGAGAAGAUGUGCCGGACCUUGGAAGACCAGAUGAAUGAGCAUCGGAGCAAGGCUGAGGAGACUCAGCGUUCCGUCAAUGACCUCACCAGCCAGCGGGCCAAGCUGCAGACAGAGAACGGGGAGCUGUCCCGGCAGCUGGAUGAGAAGGAGGCGCUGAUUUCCCAGCUGACCCGAGGCAAGCUCACCUACACCCAGCAGCUGGAGGACCUCAAGAGGCAGCUGGAGGAGGAGGUCAAGGCCAAGAAUGCCCUGGCCCACGCACUGCAGUCAGCCCGGCAUGACUGUGACCUGCUACGGGAACAGUAUGAGGAAGAGACAGAGGCCAAGGCUGAGCUACAGCGCGUCCUGUCCAAGGCCAACUCAGAGGUGGCCCAGUGGAGGACCAAGUAUGAGACGGAUGCCAUCCAGAGGACUGAGGAGCUGGAGGAAGCCAAGAAGAAGCUGGCCCAGCGGCUUCAGGAUGCAGAGGAGGCCGUGGAGGCCGUCAAUGCCAAGUGCUCCUCCCUGGAGAAGACCAAGCACAGGCUGCAGAACGAGAUCGAGGACCUGAUGGUGGACGUGGAGCGCUCCAAUGCCGCCGCCGCUGCCCUGGACAAGAAGCAGAGGAAUUUCGACAAGAUCCUGGCAGAGUGGAAGCAGAAGUAUGAGGAAUCCCAGUCAGAGCUGGAGUCGUCCCAGAAGGAGGCGCGCUCCCUGAGCACAGAGCUCUUCAAGCUCAAGAAUGCCUAUGAGGAGUCACUGGAGCACCUGGAGACCUUUAAGAGGGAGAACAAGAACCUUCAGGAGGAGAUCUCAGACCUGACUGAGCAGCUGGGCUCCACUGGGAAGAGCAUCCAUGAGCUGGAGAAGAUCCGCAAGCAGCUGGAGGCCGAGAAGCUGGAGCUGCAGUCUGCGCUGGAGGAGGCUGAGGCCUCCCUGGAGCAUGAGGAGGGCAAGAUCCUCCGCGCCCAGCUGGAGUUCAACCAGAUCAAGGCAGAGAUCGAAAGGAAGCUGGCAGAGAAGGAUGAGGAGAUGGAGCAGGCCAAGCGCAACCACCUGCGGGUGGUGGACUCCCUGCAGACCUCCCUGGAUGCAGAGACGCGCAGCCGCAAUGAGGCCCUGCGGGUGAAGAAGAAGAUGGAGGGCGACCUCAAUGAGAUGGAGAUCCAGCUCAGUCAUGCCAACCGCAUGGCUGCUGAGGCCCAGAAACAAGUGAAGAGCCUCCAGAGUUUGCUGAAGGACACUCAAAUCCAGCUGGACGAUGCCGUCCGUGCCAAUGACGACCUGAAGGAGAACAUCGCCAUCGUGGAGCGACGCAACAACCUACUUCAGGCAGAGCUGGAGGAGCUGCGGGCUGUGGUGGAGCAGACCGAGCGAUCCAGGAAGCUGGCAGAGCAGGAGCUGAUUGAGACCAGUGAGCGGGUGCAGCUGCUGCACUCCCAGAACACCAGCCUCAUCAACCAGAAGAAGAAGAUGGACGCAGACCUGUCCCAGCUCCAGACUGAGGUGGAAGAGGCCGUGCAGGAAUGUAGGAACGCAGAGGAGAAGGCCAAGAAGGCCAUCACAGAUGCCGCCAUGAUGGCGGAGGAGCUGAAGAAGGAGCAGGACACCAGCGCCCACCUGGAGCGCAUGAAGAAGAACAUGGAGCAGACCAUCAAGGACCUGCAGCACCGGCUGGACGAAGCAGAGCAGAUCGCCCUCAAGGGCGGCAAGAAGCAGCUGCAGAAGCUGGAGGCCCGGGUUCGGGAGCUGGAGAACGAGCUGGAGGCUGAGCAGAAGCGCAAUGCGGAGUCUGUGAAGGGCAUGAGGAAGAGUGAGCGCCGCAUCAAGGAGCUCACCUACCAGACAGAAGAGGACAGGAAGAACCUGCUGAGGCUGCAGGACCUGGUGGACAAGCUGCAGCUGAAGGUGAAGGCCUACAAGCGCCAGGCUGAGGAGGCGGAGGAGCAGGCCAACACCAACCUGUCCAAGUUCCGCAAGGUGCAGCAUGAGCUGGAUGAGGCCGAGGAGAGGGCGGACAUCGCUGAGUCCCAGGUCAACAAGCUGCGGGCCAAGAGCCGUGACAUUGGUGCCAAGGGCCUGAAUGAGGAGUAGUAGACCUUGAGCUGCCCAGUCCUAAAGGUGCCUGUGAAGCCCUCAGACCUGGAGCCUUUGUAACAGCCCCUUAGGAGGAAGCCAAAUAAAGCAAUUGUUCUUGAAGCUGA